CGUCAGUACAUCCCCGUGAACCUGCAGCGGUGGAGCUUCUGGUGGUUCGUGGCUCAGUACUCCUUCAUGUACCUGGGCAGCCUCUUCGUCAUCGUCUGCCUCUCCUUCUUCCUGCUGGGCUCCUGGGACUACCUGCCGUCUGUCUACGGCUUCAUUCUCUCAGUACCAGACUUGACCCCCAACAUCGGACUCUUCUGGUACUUCUUCGCCGAGAUGUUUGAACACUUCCGCCUCUUCUUCCUCUGCGUCUUCCAGAUCAAUGUCUUCUUCUACACCGUCCCUCUGUCCAUCAAGCUCAAGGAUCAUCCAGUGUUCCUGAUCUUCAUGCAGUUAGCUGUGAUCUCCAUCUUUAAGUCCUACCCCACUGUGGGAGACAUCUCUCUCUACAUGGCCUUCCUCCCUGUGUGGAGCCACCUGCACCGAUUCUUGAGGAACAUCUUCUUGGUGUCCUGCGUCCUGCUCGCCUGCUCUGCUCUGUUCCCGGUCCUCUGGCACCUCUGGAUCUACGCCGGCAGCGCCAACUCCAACUUCUACUACGCCAUCACGCUGCUGUUCAACGUGGCUCAGGUGGGACGUCCCGGACGGGGAAUGAGCUCCUGAUCCCAUCCGAGAUAUAGUCCGCUAAUAAGUCGAUGGGGCGAUUGUGGCUAAGUGGAUAGCAGGGCCGUCUUUCAAUCAGAGGGUCGGCGGUUUGAACCCC